AUGGCGGGCGCGGAGCGGCUGGAGGACCUGGAUCUCAGCGCCGAGGAGGUGGAGCGGCUCCGAGGGGCCUUCCGCGACGAGCAGUUCCGGGCGCUGCUCGCCGACUACGCGGCGGAGCUGGCCGACCCGGAGCAGCGGCGGCUGUACGAGGAGGAGGUGACGGCCCUGGAGCGGGAGCGCGGCGUGGAGGUGCGCUUCAUCCACCCCACGGCGGGCUACGUGCUGCGCACCAGCCAGGCCGGCACCCGCCGCUGCUACCUCAACGUCUGCAGCAACCCGCACCUGGGCCGGCCGCAGCCCCGCGCCGAGCCCGGCGGCCUCCGCUGGGCCCUGCCCUACAGCCUGGCGCCGGGCCGCGAGGAGCUGGGCCGCGGCGGCCGCCGCCGCCUCGUCUACGACGUGGUUUUCCACCCGGAGGCGCUGCGCCUGGCCGCCCGCAGCGCCCGCUUCCGCCGCCUGCUCAGCGACACGGCGCUGGAGGCGGUGGAGCGCCGCUUCGCCGUGCAGCUCGACCGCGCCAACGCCACCGUCCUCCGCGGCGCCAAGUACAAGGGCGUCCCGCAGGCGCCCGUCAUCCGCAGCCCGCUGCCCGGCGGCCCCCCGCCGCCGCCGCCCGGCGACGACGGCGGCGGCUCCCCGUUGCCGCCCUUCCCCUACCCCUGCCCCGCCACCCCCCCGCCGCCGCCGCCCCCGGCCGGCCCCGCCGCCUCCCGGCCCGCCGGCCCCACCGUGCCGCGCUGGAGCCUGCGGCACCGCUCCUACGUGGACCUGCAGGACUACCGGUGCUGCCGCGACGCGGCGCCCAGCCCCGUGCCGCGCGAGCUGGUGCUCACCGUGGAGCUGCCGCUGCUGCGCUGCGCCGCGCAGGCCGCGCUGGAGGUGCGCGGCCGCCAGCUGCGCCUCGACUCGGAGCGGCCCGCCUACCGCCUGCGCCUGCGCCUGCCCUACGCCGUGGACGAGGGCCGCGGCCGCGCCGCUUUCGACAAGGCCAAGCGGCAGCUCGUGGUCACGCUGCCCGUGCUGCCGCCGCCCGCCGCGCAGCAACGGCGCGGGGGGGCCGAGCCCGCCGCCGCCGGGCCGCAGGGGCCGGACGAGCCCGCGGAGCAGGCGGCUGAGGCGGGCGGCGGCGGCGCGGAGUCUCCUCCCCCCGCGGCUGAGGAGCCGGGCCCCGGCCGGGACACCGCUGCGGGCCCCCCCGGGGGCCAGGCCCCGCCGGCGGCCACCGGCGACAUGGCUCUUGCCCCGGGCUGCGCCGCCCUGUGCCCUCCCUUCCAGUGUCGCCAGGAUGAGGCCUCGCUCACCCUGCUGCUGCAGGUGCCUGGCAUCCUGCCCCAGAGCCUCCGCGGUGACCUGGGUGCCCACCACUACCACCUCCACUUCUCCAGCCCCGCCGGCUCCUACGCCCUCUGCCUCCAGUUCCCUCCGGAGAACAGCUUGGCUUCGCCGGAGAGCAGCAUCGACGUGUCUGCCCACAACGCCGCCAUCACGCUCGCCAAAGCCCCCGGCAGCACAGGGCCCUGGAAGAAGCUCUGCUUUGGCCCUGACACCUCCGCGCUGCAGGAAAGAUUGUUUGUCAGUGAAGAAAAUGUCGAUGGAUUUCUAGACACUGUUUUGUGUCCUUCCUUUUGCAAACAGUCAGUACUGGAAAGUCAGCCGUUAAUUGAAGUACUUGAUGUCACUGAGGACAAAAGUCAAAUCAGGUUACAGCCACGGGAGGCAGCUCAUUCUGAACAAGGUGAAAAAGAACGAACGGUUAACGGCCCAGGAAGAGAUGAGCUUGCUGAAAAGAGGAACAGCGCCGACCUCCAAACAAAGACAGAAACUAACUGCACUGCAGCUGACACGGUUGAAGAACAUGCUACGGAAACCAGCACCACUUCCACGUCUUUUGUAUCAGCUGAAACAAUAGGAAAAGUAGGUUGUAGUUCACACCAUUGUUUGCAGUUUGAACCUUCUGACACCAGUUUAGCAGUCCCUGGCAAAUCUGAGGGCAGUGAACCAGAUUUAGAUGGUGCUUUCACAGCAGGCGAAACGGCCACAUCCGCAGAGGCAGCAAAACAAGCAGGCCUUCGUUCGGAAGGGCCGGCGAAAACGGAAGGGGGUGAAGUGGCCGCGUGCGCGGAGCCCGCACACACGAAGCAACGCAGUUCGGCCUGCAGGCCAGCUUCGCCGGUUCUCCGAGAAGUGAACGCGCAGGACGGAAGCGUGCAGGUCAUUAGGGAUCACACGACUCACUGUGCGGUUGCUUUUCAGAAUUCUUUGUUGUAUGAAUUGGACUAAUUUCAGUAUUUUAGGAUUUCCUUCUGUUGUUCAGUGCUUACUGUGACUUCCAGGUACUGGUCUAGGACUUCAGGGCUAAAAGUAGAGAACAGGUUCCUAUGUAAACCGUCUUGUUUACAUGUCAACUUAGAAUACUUACUCUGUUACUAAUUUUGAAGUUAAUAGGUCUGAAUUUUAAUCAAAUUUAUGGCCUGAAAUGUUUACUUACAAGAAAAGAAUGAUGCAUUUGAGUAGUUAAUAUGAGGUGAAUUUGAGCUCCUGGAAGAAAAUGCAUCUUCAUUGUUUAUAUAACUUAAUCUGUCGGUAAAUUACAUACGCUAUUUUUAUAUAGACUUUUUUUUUUCUAAUGAUGCUCUCAGGAAUUGUUGUAUUUAGUCCACCUAGAAAUAAGCAGUAUUCAUCGUUUUUCAAAACAUUCAUUUUGUGAUAAACGUAGGAUUAGAGUACCAGUGAUUUUUAGCAAUCAAAUGAAAUUUCUAAUUACAUGGAGAAGUUCUAAUUAGUCUGCUAGAAGUGAUCAACACUUACACCGCGUAUUCUAUCCUAGUACCUCACUUCAGAUACACAGGAUCCAAACACGCCGUCGUCUGUCAGUCAAAGGAACACAUUCAGUUCACAGUAAAAACCUCAUCUGUUCUUGCAAGCCUGGUACUAAGUAUUUACAGUUUGUAAAAUAGAGUCAAUUUAUCCAACCUGGACCUACAUUUCUAAGCCAGUUGCUCAAGAACUUCAGCAUGCUGUUUCCCACUUCAUGUAUCUCUGAAGUGCAGUAACCAAAAGGCUGUUUCUAAUAAUAAUAAACUUUCAGUUCCCUUUC